CAGCCCCUCUUCCUGCAGCCUGGCCGCUGGCAGCAGCAUGGAGAAAGGACCCUGGCGUCCCGCCCGCUGCCCUGUGCCCCCGCGGUGGUGCCAGGCCGCGUCCAGAGCGGUUGGGGUGCCCCGGUGCUGUCCGUGACCCCGUGCCGAUGGAGAGGAUGAGCUGGCUGAGCAAGCUGACCCCACGGGCGGGUGGGCAGCGAGCCCCCCGCAGCGCCAGCCUGCAGCCCCCCGUCACCGCUGACCCCGAGACCUGCCUCAUGGUCUUCAAGAACCACUGGGCACAGGUGCUGCGGAUCCUGGAGCGGCGCGGGAGCAAGCCAGCCCCCGAUGACCUCAGCGCUGUCCGCAACAACACCUACCAGAUGCUGAACCUGCUGGCUGAGGACCGGCCCUGGGGGGACGGGGACAAGGACAGGUCACAGGGGGACGGGGACGUGGCCUGCGGGCCCAUCCUGGAGUUUGUGGCUGCUGAGAACCUGCUGGAGCGGCUCCUUUGCUGGCAUCUGCAGGGCGACUUCACCGAGGAGAGGAAGGUGGAGCAGCUGAAGCUGUACGAGAUGCUGAUCAGCCAGGCCCGGCAGCCCCUGCUGCGGCACAAGCCGGUGCUGACGCCGCUGCUGCGCCUGCUCAGCGUCUGCGCCGAGCCCGCCUCGGCCCCGCUCGAGAACAGCCUGGUACUGCUGCUCAACCAGCUCUGUGUCUCCGUGGCCCGCGAGCCAGCCAUCCUGGAGCUCUUCUUCCACAGCCACACGGACCAGGGCCCCGCCAACCUCAUCAUCUUCUCGCUCCUCAUCCCCUUCAUCCACCACGAGGGCGCGCGGGGCCAGCAGGCGCGUGACGCGCUGCUGCUCAUCAUGGCCAUGUCGGCCAGCAACCGCGCCGUGGCCCAGUCCAUCACCGACAACUCCUACUUCUGCCCGGUGCUGGCCACGGGCCUGAGCGCCCUGUACUCCUCCCUGCCCCGCAAGAUCGAGGUGCGAGGAGAUGACUGGCACUUCCUGCGGCGGGAGGACUGGAUCGGCGUCUCCUCCCUCGUCCUCUUCAUGAACUCGCUUGAGUUCUGCAAUGCUGUCAUCCAGGUUGCCCACCCACUGGUGCAGAAGCAGCUGGUGGAUUACGUCCACAACGGGUUCCUUGUGCCCGUCAUGGGGCCGGCGUUGCACAAGACCUCGGUGGAGGAGAUGAUUGCGAGCACAGCCUACCUGGACCUGUUCCUGCGCAGUGUCAGUGAGACAGCGCUGCUGAAAACCUUCCUGCGCUUCGUGCUGCUGCACCGGCACGACAACACCACCAUCCUGGACACACUGGUGGGCCGCAUCAACAGCAACUCCCGGCUGUGCAUGGUGUCCCUGAGCCUCUUCCGGACCCUGCUCAGCCUCAACUGCGAGGAUGUGAUGCUGCAGCUCGUGCUCAGGUACCUGCUGCCCUGCAGCCACGUGAUGCUGAGCCAGAAGCGGGCGGUGCGGGACCUGGACAUCUACGGGAAGACAGCGGCGAAGUUCCUGUCGCUCAUCCCACGCUGCUGCCGGCCUGAGAGCCCCCCACCGCCCCGUGACCGGGACGAGGAGCCCCCUUCCCGGGCCAGGGGUAUGCCACUGCGGUCCCCCAGAGCCCCUCCACACCCCGGCUUGGUGCUGAGCCCCACCCCACCAUCCUCAUUGCCCCUUGGACCCUGUCCUGACACUGAGCCCUCUCCCUGCAUCCCUGCAGCCCCUCAGACUCCCUUCCUACCCUGGCUGGCUGUCCCAUGUGGCCCCUUAGGCCCUGUCCCCCUCCUAGCUUGAUGCAGAGCCCUCUCCUGGGGUCUCCUCCUGGGGUCUCCGUAG